AUGAAGACCCUUGUAGUUCCUUAUCUCAACGAUCCAACUAAAUCUCUUGUCUGUUCGUCCUUUCAGAUCGUCUUAUCGUGCCUCUCGUUGUCGACGCUGGCUUUGCCGACGUACGCACCUUAUCAGCCGUACGUUAACGGAGAGCAUAUCGGAGGAUAUUAUCAUGGACCGCCAGCCCCGCUGGCCCAUGAUGGCCGGGUGGUCGACACGCCGGAAGUGGCUCACGCCAAAAAGGCACAUCUGGCAGCGCAUGCAGUGGAGGCUGCCAAAACGGCACAUUACGGGGGAGGAUACUACGGCGUAGGCGGAGAUGGAGGUUACUAUGACGGAGGUUUUGCAGGAUACAAGGGCAUCGUUGCUCCCGUCGGCAUAAGUCAUGGUUACGGCGGAUACCAUGGCAAAUAUCACGGUCCACCAGCACCGCUCGGCCAUGAUGGACAAGUAGUGGAUACGCCGGAAGUGGCCCAUGCCAAGGCCGCGCAUCUCACCGCUCACGCUCACGAACUGUCCAAGGUCGCUCAUCUAUCAUACGCGAGUACUUAUCCACACAUCUCAUCUUAGAUCCUCUUCUCCGUAAUGUCGAGCGCGAUUCUGGCAGCUCCACAGUGGUAUGGACCCCAUGCUUCUCCGGCGCCUUUGGGACCAGAUGGUCGUGUGGUAGACACACCGGAAGUCGCGCAGUUGAAAGCUGCCCAUUUGAGUGCUCUGGCGGAGGCUAAUGCACGGGCACCAAAAGGACCGGGUCCUAUAGGAGCUUACUCUGGCGCUUACCCCGGCGCUUAUCCCCAGCCCAGUGGAUACGGUUCCGGAAAUUACAUUUCACAUUAUAGUGGACCACCAGCCCCACUGGGCCCGGAUGGUCGCGUAGUUGACACGCCCGAGGUACAGCAAGCCAAGGCCGUACAUUUCUCUCUCUACAAUGCGGAAGCGCGGCGCGUGCCAGUCGGUCCAGCCAAUCCAAUUGCCGCUGGCGCCUACGAUCCAUCCUGGAACAAUGGUGCCUACAAUCCCGCUUGGGACGGCUCGGCCAACAGCUACUAUUAA